GCACAUCUGUAGUGCUUAUUAUCGACUAAUAAGAAUUAAACUACACGUCCCGACCUCGCAGUACGGGCUCUUAUAAUUGUUGUGAAUAUGUAAUUGCGCUCGUGCGACUGGUUGCUUCUAAAUCUGGUUUCGCAGUGGCAGCCUGAGACAGUCGGUGAGGUGGUCGCUCCGCCGGUGCUGCGUGAGGAUGUGAACGUUAACGCAGGCUGUAGGAAAUUAACCGAUAAAUGCGUGACGACGGGACGCCGUGGAGAAGCUGAGUCGCGGACAAGCAGGGUCAUGAUGUGCCAGAAGCUGAUGCUUUUUAGGGGAAAUCAGAGACUAUAGAGGGUUCGUUGUUGUAGUUCAGAGGGAUAAUAUUAAGCUUUGUGCGCGUAGAAUAACGCGCUGGAGAUUUUGGAGAAACCCGACUCAACUCCUGUUUUGUCAGGAUCGCACUGAAUGGACUUUUGAAAUAAUUUUCUAAAAGAAUGACGGUCAAACAUGUCUGAGGAUGUUUCCACUCUUCAUGGAACCUGCACGUAGCCCACAAACCGGCCACUGACUGCCCUUUUUACGCACGGGGAAAGAUCCUUGCUCACACAUUUUGUUUUCGUGUUUAUGUGGGUGAACUUUGCAAUACAUUUUUAAUGAUUCGAGAUCUGAGCAAGAUGUACCCCCCGGCACGGCAUCCGGUUCCCCACCAGCCGGGACAGCCGUUAAAGUUCACUGUCACCGAAUCCUGCGACCGGAUCAAGGAGGAGUUCCACUUCCUGCAAGCCCAGUAUCACAGUCUAAAAUUGGAGUGUGAGAAACUGGCCAGCGACAAAACCGAGAUGCAAAGACACUAUGUCAUGUACUAUGAAAUGUCAUACGGGCUGAACAUCGAGAUGCACAAGCAGGCGGAGAUCGUGAAGCGGCUGAACGCAAUCUGCGCCCAAGUCAUCCCCUUUCUCUCUCAAGAGCAUCAGCAGCAGGUGGUGCAGGCGGUGGAGAGAGCCAAGCAGGUCACAAUGGCUGAACUCAACGCCAUCAUUGGACAGCAGCAGCUCCAGGCGCAGCACCUCUCUCACGGCCACGCCAUCCCCAUCCCGCUCACUCCACACCCAGCGGGCCUUCAGCCCCCCCUACCCCCCGGGGCUGGUACUGCCAGCCUACUGGCUCUGUCCUCCGCCCUGAGCCACCAGCUGCCACUCAAAGACGAGAGGAAACACCACGACAACAACAGUGAACACCCGAGAGACAGAGACUCAGUCAAGAGCUCAUCUGUGUCUCCCUCGGCCAGUUUUCGGACUGGAGAGAAGCACAGGAGUUCAAGCGAUUACUCCUCCGAUAGCAAGAAACAGAAGACAGAUGAUAAGGAGUCUACACGCUAUGAGAGUGAUGGAGAGAAGAGCGAUGACAACCUGGUAGUGGACGUCUCCAAUGAGGAUCCAGUGUCUCCUAGAGGAAGUCCCGCACACUCACCUCGGGAGAACGGGUUGGACAAGCGUCGCCUGUUGAAGAAGGAUGCUCCACUGAGUCCUUCCUCCAUCGCCUCCUCCAGCAGCACACCUUCAUCCAAAUCCAAAGAGAUUAAUUUGAAUGAGAAAUCCACAACGCCUGUGUCCAAGUCCAGCACCCCAACGUCUCGCUCCGAUGCCCCAACACCUAGCAGCACCUCCACCCCGGCCCUGAGGACUGCACCCAGUAAACCUCUAGGAGUCGAGGCGCUGGCUCCUGGUCUCCGUACACCGUUGGCGGUGCCAUGCUCAUACCCGACUCCGUUUGGAAUGGUUCCCCACCCGGGUAUAAACGGAGAGCUGAGUGGAGCAGGGGCAGCCUACACCGGCCUGCAUAACAUUUCUCCACAGAUGAGUGCUGUGGCAGCUGCUGCAGUGGCAGCUUAUGGACGCACACAAGUGGUGGGAUUUGAUCCUCACCACCACAUACGUGUACCUGGCCUUCCUCCCAACCUGUCAGGCAUACCUGGUGGAAAACCAGCCUACUCCUUUCAUGUGAGCGCUGAUGGGCAGAUGCAGCCUGUGCCUUUUCCUCCGGAUUCACUGAUCGGUCCUGGCAUUCCCCGCCACGCACGACAGAUCAAUACUCUUAGCCACGGGGAGGUGGUGUGUGCUGUCACCAUCAGUAACCCGACACGUCAUGUCUACACCGGCGGCAAGGGCUGCGUUAAGGUGUGGGACAUCAGUCACCCAGGCAACAAGACCCCUGUAUCCCAGCUGGACUGUCUUAACAGAGAUAACUACAUCCGCUCCUGUCGGCUACUUCCGGAUGGACGGACUCUCAUAGUCGGGGGCGAGGCGAGUACUUUGUCAAUCUGGGAUUUGGCAACACCAACUCCGCGAAUCAAGGCUGAACUGACUUCGUCAGCACCUGCGUGUUACGCUCUGGCCAUCAGCCCUGACUCAAAGGUCUGCUUUUCCUGCUGUUCUGAUGGAAACAUAGCCGUCUGGGAUCUUCACAACCAGACUCUGGUUAGGCAGUUCCAAGGCCACACCGAUGGGGCCAGCUGUAUAGACAUUUCUAAUGAUGGGACCAAGCUGUGGACUGGAGGCCUGGAUAACACUGUGCGGUCCUGGGACCUGAGAGAGGGAAGGCAGCUGCAGCAGCACGACUUCACCUCCCAGAUCUUCUCACUAGGAUACUGUCCAACGGGAGAGUGGCUGGCAGUGGGGAUGGAGAACAAUAAUGUGGAGGUCCUACAUGUCACCAAACCUGACAAGUACCAGCUCCACCUGCAUGAAAGCUGCGUGCUCUCACUCAGAUUUGCUCACUGUGGGAAGUGGUUUGUGAGCACAGGAAAAGACAAUCUGCUUAACGCAUGGAGAACCCCAUAUGGAGCCAGCAUAUUCCAGUCAAAGGAGUCAUCCUCAGUGCUGAGCUGCGACAUCUCCAUAGAUGAUAAGUACAUUGUGACGGGUUCGGGAGAUAAGAAAGCGACUGUGUAUGAGGUCAACUACUAGGAGGGCUGCGACCAUUUCCACGACAAGGCCACCCGUCCACCCAGGCACCCUGCGUUGUCUCUGUUGCCCAUGUACAAUUUUUAAUGUGUAAAAAAUGGAUUUGAAAGGAACUAACCAAACAGACUUUUCGUGGACAGUGACCUUUUGACCUUUUAGUCGGUCGUGGAUCAAAACAAACAAGCAGAACCAAGCACAGAGAUAUUCUUUUUUUUUUUUUUUUUUUUUUUUUUGACUGAGCGGCUUUUCGUUGGUGUGAGGAUGAGUGAAUGUCCAUGUGCACUGAAUCUGGAGAGGAUGUUAUUGCUGCACCAGAAAACAUUCCUUUACACUUAUAGCUCUAGAGGUUUCUCUGCCAUUACCAUUUGUUCAGAGUCUGCUUCCAACCUUAUUCCACAUCCUGACACACUGCACUCUAACGGAGCACAGGGGUGGCCAUCAUGUUAACAUGCAGUUGAGAACAAGUAUAUUCAAGGCUUUAUUCAUUAACAAUUUCCUAUGGAUAUAUAUUAUUCUGUGUUCUGAUUGAGCUGAACGGCUUUUAUUUAUGUGAGAUCUAAUGGAAGUAGCAUUUUUAUAUUUUGGUUCUGUCUCGUUCUUGCCUUCAAGCACUCUAUUUUAAUACAUCAUACCAAAUUUGCCUUUUUUUUUUAUUAUUUUUUUUAGAAAUGUAGACAGACAUGUAAAAAGACAUUUUUUUUUUGUUAUGUUUGUCUUACUCACUCAAAUCAGCCUUCAACGUGUUAAAAACAUCAAAUCUUCAUUUGUAUGUCAGUGCUGUUUUGUUUUACAUGACAACACACUAGACUGAUUGGUUUACAGUAGCUCCUACCAGGCCUAACAAACAGAGCCCAUAUUAUGAAGAAGUAAUAGUUCGACAUUGUGGGAAGCAUGAUUUUUUUUUACUUUCUUGUGGAUUUAGAUGAGAAGGUUCAUAUCACUCUCAUGUCUGAAUGCUGAAUAUGUUGUUGUCUUUACACUUUGUUUUUUGUUUUGAUUAAACAAACAACAUAUCACAU